AUGCCAGUGCCAUCGCCAUCACAGUGCCCCACACUCCAUGCACCUAAAGCACACAACAGCGACCAAGAAGAAAUCCUUCAGAGGGAAGCAGACAGACGUGGAUCACAGGCUGCAAAACAGACAGGAAAUGCUAGCAUACUGGAAUGUAUUAGAGAAGGAAUCGGAAGAGUACUAGGCUUGGGAGUGCCUCAUAGCAAGCGACUCCUUCCACUACAUUCCUUGAUCUUCCCUACGGUGCUGCAUGGAGUUCUUCAUUACAUCAUUAGCACAGUCAUUCAGAAGUUUGUCCUGCUAAUCCUAAAGAGAAAGAGUUGCAAUAGCCACCUAGUUGAAAGUGGUUGUCCCUUACAUUGUAUACUGGAAGCUUAUUUUCCAGAACUGAUUGCUAACUUUGUUGCCAGUCUUUGCUCUGAUGUAAUACUUUACCCACUGGAAACAGUUUUGCACCGACUUCACAUUCAAGGAACACGCACAAUAAUUGACAACACAGACCUUGGCUAUGAAGUACUUCCAAUUAAUACACAAUAUGAGGGAAUGAGAGACUGCAUCAGUACCAUAAAGCAGGAGGAAGGAGUGCUUGGUUUUUAUAAAGGGUUUGGUGCUGUAAUGGUACAGUAUACACUGCAUGCAGUUAUCCUACAGUUUACCAAAAUUAUUUACACUGCACUUCUUCAGAAUACCGCCUGAGAUUUAGGUUCUAUCACUGCUUAGUCGAGAAAACAGGUGGAUAAUUUGCUAUGAAAUUAUGAAGGAUAAAAACAACAUACUAAGUCAAAAAAGUGGAUUGGAAAGGGAAUCUGGUAGGCAAAGUCCAAGCUGAUUAAAUUGACUUUUCAUUUCUUUCAAAGUAUACCUAUAUAUUUUGGAUCAAAAUGAUUCCAAACUUCCAAACUCAAUAAAGAUAAGACUGUGAAAGAAUUAAAUUUGAACGUAGCACUCAUGCUA